AUGGAAUUAUUUGAAAGUUUGGAAGAGGAGGCAUUACUUGCAAUGGUGGAUAAAUAUUGCUCGGAAUCAGUCGAUAAUCCUUUCGAAUCAGAUAUUAGAAAGUUUGAUGCUACGGUUAUCAACGAAAAAGCUAUUAUUGACAAACUGAUUGAUAUUUAUCCUAAUUCUGUUGCACCACAAUCCGUUGCAAUACUUGAUGCACUGGUCUAUAAAAUGAGUGGUCCAUACAGGCAUGCCAAAUUUUGGAGGUUCACUCGUCGUGUCUUAAAGGAAUUAAACAAGUUGAAUUCAUUGAAACUCAACAAAUAUUUGAAAAAUAUCUCAAAGGAUAUGCUGAAAUCAGAGAUGCAUUACAGUUUGAAUGUUUGUGCAAAACGGUACAUAGUAGCAGUGUUAAUUUCCAGAGCAAUCCGUAGUUGCAGGCUUCGAAAUCUCUGUGAACAGGCUGCCUCACACUGUCUUCAGCAUAUACAGACCGGCCAUCUGUUACAAUCAAAUUUACUGUUGUUGGCACUGAAUGCAGAUGUGUAUGAUGCUCUCAAGAAGAAUAUGGCCAAAAUAGUAGAAUGUUAUGAUUGCUUGCAACCGUUUCUUACCGAUUUGAAUCUGCUACAUAUCAGAAGAUUAUUGGUGGCAGCAAAUAAUACAUUUCAAAGUAGCAGAUAUUUGAUUUCAACACUAAACUCCUUUCGCUCGAUUGCUGGGAUAUGUGGUAUUGAAGAAAAUGAAUAUACUGAUUUAUUAGCUUCCACCAGUACAUCAAAGACAAGCAAUAGCAUGACUCUUACACAAACCGAUGGUUCGAUGAUUCAGCUGAAUUUAUGA